AAAACUCUGUGAUAGAAUUACCGUAAACUGGACUUGACCUGAAUGCAUGAAAUGACAACUCCUGUGUUUUCUUACUAACCAGCAAUAAAUCAAUGAUGUUCAUAUUUUGGAAAACAUCUAGGCAAGCUAGAAACAAGAUCUUUCUCGAAGCUGUGCCCUUCGAGAUGGGAAAUCGGGAGGGAGUUGAUUUACUGCUGAAACCUCUUGGGCAAUGAGAUGAUGGUAGAAAUAUACUCAUUGACUCAAUCUUGUUGAAGUCUUUCUUUAGAUGAGUGAUAGGGUGGCGGAGGUAAGUGCAUGAUUUCUUUUAAUGCAAACAGUGAGAUGUGGCUUACAUUUCAAAGAAAAUCAGUCCACCUUGAAGAAAAGGCAAGCCUUUUGUCUUUCAAAAUGGUUUCUUGAGCAGAUCAUGGAUGUUGCUACUGCAAGUCAGUUUAGAUAUUGCUAGUUUGCUAGACAUGAAUAUAUCUAUUCUUUCAAAAACAAAAUUUUAAAAUAUGAUGUAUUCAGAGUAAUUAUAGCUUUGGAAGCUGAGAGCUAGGAGGUGAUGGUUGAUAUGAAAUUCUGUAGAGAUUGGAAUAUAGUACAAGUUGAGCAUCCCUUAUUUGAAAUGCUUGGGACCAGAAAUGCUCUGUAUUUCAGGGUUUUAAAAAAGAUUUUGAAAUACUUAUAUAUACAUUGAAAUAUCUUGGAGAUGGGACCCUAGUCUAAAUGUGAAAUUCAUUGAUGUUUCAUUUAUAUUUUAUUCAUGUAGACUGAAGGUAAUAUUAUACACAAUAUUUUAAUUUUGAGUUUCAAACAAAGUUUGUGUAGACAUUGACAACCAUCAGAAAGCAAAGGUGUCAUCUUAGCCAUCCAUGUGGAUAAUUUUGAAGUAUUUUGAAUUUUGAAUGAGAGAUACUCUCUCUGUCUCUCUCUCUCUCUCUACACACACACUCACUCACACACACACACACACACACACACUAACACUAUGCAUGCAUCUGAAGGUCUCUUUUCUUUCUAAUACAGUUCUGAGAUAGAAAUCUAGAGCUUUGUGGUUUGAGCACUGGAUUAUGACCCUGUAAAACAGGACUUGAAUCUCAGCUUGACCAUGGAAACCCAUUGGGUGACACUCUGAACCUCAGCCUCAGAGAAGACAAGGGCAAAUCUUGCCAAGAAAAUCCUGUGAUAGGUGAGUUUUUAAAUCAUAAGUCAGAAAUUAUUUAAAGACAGCCAACAGCAAUAGAUCGAUAGGCAGGCACACAAUACAGAUAAAGUAUUUUGCUUCCCAAGGUCAAAGGAAAUUACCAGUUUCUAUUGCUUGAGUGUGUAGACAUUUUAAUUACUUUGUUUUGAAGAUCUCAAAUAUCUACGUUGUAGCUUUUAAUGAGAUUUUAGUGGGUCUGUUCUUUGAACAUGUUAUAUAUAUCUUAAUAUAUUUAGUUGAAACUAACAGUGAGCAGUUGCAAUCAAUAUCUUAAAACUCGAUGGCUGAGAUCCUACAUCCAAGUCUUUAAUAAGUUUAUGAAUCCAUAGCUAUGUAGAGAGAAUUAAGAUUUGGUAGAGUAGGGAAGGGGAGGGAAAUGUGCAUCAUUUCUGACUAAUGAUUCUUCAAUGUUUUCAAUUGAUUACAGAUGACAUGGGUCAUGCCUAAUCACUCUUCUCUCGUGAGCGAGUUCAUCUUUGUUGGGUUUUCCGAAUUGCCACAGAUGCGGACCCUCCUCUUUGUGCUGGUUCUCUUCAUGUACACUGCCUCACUUGCUGGAAAUGCCAUCAUCACCACAGUGAUCAAAUUAAAUGCCACCCUCCAUACACCCAUGUACUACUUCUUGAUCAACUUAUCCCUGUUAGAAAUAUGCUACACCACUGCCAUUGUUCCCAAGAUGCUGGCAAGUCUGGUAUCAAAGAACGGCAAGAUCUCACUCUGGGGGUGUGCCACCCAAAUGUACUUCUUCACCCUCUUCGGCAUCACAGAAUGCUGUCUCCUUGCAGCUAUGGCCUAUGACCGCUUUGUGGCCCUAUGCAAGCCAUUGCACUACAAUGUCAUCAUGAACCGGAGUGUCUGUGCCCAGCUUUCCAUGGUCUCAUGGUCAGUGGGAGUGAUGGUGGGGUUAGGCCAAACCAAUUAUGUUUUUAGCCUGUCAUAUUGUGGGCCCAACAGAAUCAAUCACUUCUUUUGUGAUAUCCCACCCCUCUUGACACUAGCUUGUGGGGCCACCUCAAUGAACGCCAUUGCUGUAUACAUGGUGGCCGUCCUUUUCAUCACUGUACCUUUCCUUCUGAUUCUCACAUCCUAUGUAUACAUCAUCAUCUCCAUUUUGAGGAUGCCAUCAGCCGAGGGUAGGCGUAAAGCCUUCUCCACCUGCUCUUCACACCUCAUUGUGGUUUCCUUAUUCUAUGGUUCAGGCAUAAUCACAUAUCUUAGGCCAAAAUCCAGCUACUCAGCGGAGAGUGACAAAUUCCUGGCCUUGUUUUAUACAGUUGUGACGUCUAUGCUGAACCCUAUAAUCUACACUUUGAGAAACAAAGAGGUCCAAGUCGCUCUGAAGAGAACAAUGAGAAACAAACUAUAUGUUAGAGAAUGUAACAAAUGCUUAUUGCUUUAAUAGAACUGAUCUAUUAUGUUGUGCAUCUUUUUUCAAUAAAAUAUUUUGUGAGAGAAAACUAGUUUCUGCUUAUAUCUGCAUGCUAAUUGGUUAUCACCACAGGAUUUUCUACUGAGCCAUUGUAUUUUAGCAAAGUGACAAUAACUUAGAAGAUUUCUAUACUCAUAAAAAGUUGUGGAAUUUGUAAUACUGCGGAAUUCCUCUAUAUGCAUGUCUGAUAUAAUUGACCUUUACUAUAAAAUGUUGUGUAAUAUAUUAGAUAAAAAGGUAAGGAACUGGUGGGAUACAGAUGAAUAAAUGAAUAAGAAUGUGAUUGCUUGAAUACUGGAAGGGAUUUUAAUAAGGUUGAUGGUUGAUAAUCUGGUGACUGAAGUUGGGAGAUUGAGUCAUUGAGUUGGAAGAGAAUCCAAGGACUAUCAAGAUUCUACCAUGCAAGAAUGAACAAAGCACUACUGACAAGAUGGCCAUCAAGCUUCUGAUUAAAAACAGCCAAAGAGUGUGACUCAAUCACUCUGAGGCAGCGUAUCUCACUACCUUAGUAUCAUGAAAUUCUUCCAAAUGUUUAGGUGCAAACUCUUUCCCUGUAGUUUGAAUUCAUUACUCCAUGUCUUAGUCUAUGGCAGAAAACAUGCUUGCUCCAUCUUCAACAUGACACCCUUUCAAAUAUUUAAGCAUGGCUAUCAUGUCACCUCCAACCUUCUUUUCUCCAGGCUAAACAUGUCUAAUUCCUUUCUCCUAGGGCAGUGAUUCCCAACCUUUUUUUGACUAAGGACCACUUUGACUAGAGACCACCUCAACAUUAGUACCAAAAGGAUUGCAAAUCAGUUUUUGGUCAACUUUAGAUUCAGUUUGGUUAUUUGGGUUGCUGAUUCAGAAAAUUGCAUUGGAUAGACCACAUUAGCUCUAGUUUCUGAUAGAGAACAUAUGCCAUCCCGUAGUGACUAUCUGCUCGCCUACAGAAAACCAUAUUUAAUAAUCUAGAGCUGAUGUGAUCUAUCUAGGGUAAUUUUCUAAAUCCCAGAUAACCCGAGGAACAGGCCUAGAAACGAAGACACGAAGAAAAAAAAACAUAUUUUUGGUCGGGCUGUUAUUAUCCAUAGUAGUAGGUGAGGCUGCGGAACAUAUUUUAGUU